AUGGCCUCUGAACCUUCAACAACAGAUCAGCUGCACAAGCAAACUCUUUUUAAAUCUGUUGUUUACAGGAUCCCUGCUCUUCUGUAUGAGAGAGAAAGUAAAACUUUACUUGCCUUUGCAGAGCAAAGGAAGACUCCAAAGGAUGAAAGUACAGAAAAGCUGGUUAUGAGAACAGGAAAGAUCAAGGAGGGAUUCUCUGAGAAGACGGUUGAGUGGUCAGAGCUCAGAGAGGUGGAAAACGCACUGAUUAAAGGAUACCGUCCAAUGAACCCCUGCCCGGUGUAUGACAAGGUCAACAAUACACUUUUCCUGUUUUUCAUCUGUGUUGAAGACGGCAUCACUGAGAGUGACCAAAAAGAAAACUAUGACAACAGGACCCGUCUCUGCUACAUCACAAGUGAGGAUCUUGGAGAAACCUGGAGCGAUGUGACCGAUUUGACUGACAAACUGAGUGAAAUAAAAAAAUGGUCCACAUUUGCCGUUGGGCCAGGCCACGGGAUUCAAACAGAGAGCGGUAGACUGAUUAUCCCAGUUUAUGCUUAUACUCACUGCAAACCAAGUAGUAAACCAUAUGCACUCUCAUUGUAUAGUAAUGAUCAUGGUAAUAACUGGAAAUUUGGUGAACUGUUUAAAACAUUAUCAGUUGAGUGUGAAAUGGCUGAACUUUCCAAAGACCACAUCUACUGCAAUGCCCGUAAUGAAAAUGGCUAUCGAGUGGAAGCAGUCAGUGAUGAUAAUGGAGAUAACUUCAAGAUUUUCCAACCUGGAGACAAGCUUGUGGAAACAGCUUCAGGCUGCCAGGGAAGUGUGAUCUCCUUCCCAGCUCAACCAGAAACUGCAAACACAGAAAGUGACCCAAGCCAGAACCAAAACAAGUGGCUGCUGUUCACGCACCCAACCAAUCUGAAAAAAAGGGUUAAGUUAGGAGUGUAUCUGAACAAAUCCCCACGUGAUCCAAAGGCAUGGAGCGAACCCUGGAUCAUUAAUGAUGGACCCAGUGGUUACUCAGACCUGGCUUACAUUGAUGAUGGCUGGUUUGCAUGUCUGUUUGAGUGUGGGCAGCAGAAAAUAUAUGAGCAGAUAGCCUCUGUUGUCUUUCACUACAAGAACGUCCAGGAAGGCAUUGAAAAGAUGUCAACUAACUGAAAAAUAAGGGGAAAAAAGUGUUUUAUAUGCCAUUUAUUGGUUUGUAUGUUCAAAUGAGAAAUGAACAAUUAUAGUAGGAUCCGUCAAACAUCAAAUUUUUAUUAGUGAAUCUUAAUAUAAGAGUGUGAUUAAAUAUACAGUGA